GUAGCUUGGCACGCUACUUCCCUGGAACCGUUGCUGCUUCCAGUGUUUCCUCCUGAAGUCUUUGAUCACUACCCAGUCGCCGGGCUUGAAGUGGUGUUGUGGCGCAUCAGCUGGCGUCUGCAGUACGGCUUUCACCUGAGAGUAGAUAGCUGAGAGGGAGACUGAAAGACUUAUACAGUAGUUCAACAAAAGUCACAUACUUCAGGAUACUUGCUGCAGAGCUGACCUUCUAGGAAAGAGUUGGCAUUCCCAUGAGCAAUGGAGACAAUCUAUGACAAUGCUGUUGAUGUCAAAACCCUAAGCUCAAGAUCAUCAACAAUACAAGAAGGUCCCAGGAGACUUCUCAGAGCGUCUGUUCUCGGUCUGGGGCUGCUGAGUGUUUUCCUGCUGGCUGGACUGAUCGGCCUCGCUGUCCACUACCAUAACUCAGUAGGUGGUGCAGCUGCAGACCUGUCCUCAGUGACUGAAGAGAGAGACACACUGAAGGUCAGCCUCACUGAAAAGACCAGAGAGGUGGAGUGUUUGAAGAAAAUGUGUCCUGAAGGAUGGAGGAAGUUUGGUUGUUCCUGUUAUCUCCUCUCUACUGAGACAGAUACUUGGGAACAAAGCAGACAGCACUGCACAGCCGGAGGAGCAGAUCUGGUGAUCGUAGACAGUGAGGAAGAACAGGAAUUCAUCACUAGCAUGAUCAAGGAACAAACUUGGAUUGGUUUGAGUGACAGAGAAGAGGAGGGGACCUGGACAUGGGUGGAUGGAUCUCCACUGACUCUGACGCUUUGGAGCCCAGCACAGCCUGAUAAUUUUGACGAAGAGGACUGUGCAGAAAUACGGAGUAUUGUUCACUCCCAAAGCUGGAACGACAAGCCCUGUAAGAUCGAUCUGCAUUGGAUCUGUGAGAAAGAAGCUUAACAUUGGUGUCUGUUUGGAUACCAAACAUGCAAUCAUGCUUUUACAAUUUAUUUUAAAUUGAGUUAUUUAAAACUAUUCAAAAUGCCUCAUUUCAUGAAUAAGA